CGGGCAGUGUGCGUUGAGCGUGUGUAGCAAUGACCGGCGCCGCUCGUCGGUCGAGGGCCUGCUUGUGUUAAACUGUGAAUUUUUUUUUUAUUUAUUUCCCGAUUUUUGACGUCCAUUUUUUUUGACCGCCGGAAGAGGAGUGAUGGCGCCUCGCAUAGUAUUAGGGUGGUGUGUGGUGGCGGCGGCGCUGGUGGUGAUGUGUGGGCCGCUGGUGGGGGCACAGGAGGGCACGUUAGUCGUCUCCAGUCCCACCUUGGAGGAGUCUACGGUGCUGGAGACUCACCUUGAGGUCACGGGAACACAGUUGGUGGAUGGUGGGGAGGGGGACGUGGGUUUGGCGGGUGAGGACAGCUGGGGUGACCUGACCCCUGGUGGUGGAUCACGCGAGGGUCACUUCUCUGGCGGCGAGGCGAGGGUGGUGCUGCCUGUCACCCUCAGUCUGCGUGGCUACACCUCCCUCAGCUUCAGGACCUGCAGCCAUGGCAAUCUGCUGGAACAGACGGGCUCAGGCGGGGACAGUCUGGUGCUGCAGCUGAGUGAGGAGGGGUCGCUGGUGCUGACCCUGACACAGCAUGGCCAGCCUCACGUCACCACCCUCGCCAGGCGCCUCAACAACAACGCCUGGCACAGAGUCUACCUCAAGUUUGAGCUGGGGGUGCUGAAGCUUGGUGUGGACCAGGCGACGGUGGUAGUGGCAAACACGACGGACGCCAGCGCCUUCCUGUUUGAUCUGGAGCUGUGGUCGGAAUCCCCUCAACUCACCAUUGGCAGGAACUUCACAGGGUGUCUCCUGCAGGGUGCUGGUACAGAGUUUGGCAGCUCCUUCGCUCUCCACACAGGCGUCGUGUGGGACUCCUGCCCACUCCCAGACGACAGAGAUUGUAGUGGAGGUGGGUACCAAGAGGAUCCCUGCUUCUCCCAGCCCUGUGGCCAGCGUGGGGAGUGCAUUGCCACCCAGGACAGCUAUGUGUGCCACUGCUACACACGCUACGAUGGACUGCACUGCGAAAACGACACUGGACCGCUGUGUGCCCGGCCAGAGUUCCAGUGUGAGAAUGGAGGGUUGUGUCAGCCAGACCGCCUUGACAACUCCACCACCUGUGCUUGUCCCAUUGGCUACAUUGGCGCCACCUGUCAGACACGCAUCACCGAAAACUACUGUGAGGAGACCAGCAAUCCCUGCCUGAACAACGCCACUUGCACCAUCACAGCCUUCACUGACACGUACGAGUGCAUGUGCCAGCCUGGGUUCAGCGGUGAGCACUGCGAGGUGAACAACGACGACUGUGCUGUGGUGCCGUGCCGUCAUGGGGGGCAGUGCCAGGAUGGUGCCAACUCCUUCACCUGUAACUGUGAUGGCACUGGGUAUGAGGGAGACGUGUGCCAGGUGAACAUUGAUGAGUGCCAGCCUGUGUCUCCAUGCCUCAAUGGUGCCACCUGCUAUGACCUGUAUGGUGGCUAUGAGUGUGCCUGCAUGCCUGGCUAUGGCGGCAAGCACUGUGAUGUGGAGGUGCUGGAGUGCUCCUCAGACCCUUGCCAGAAUGGAGGGACCUGCUCAGACCUCAAGAAUGCCUACCGCUGUGCCUGUCUGCUUGGCUUUGAGGGGGACAACUGCGAACGCAACAUUAACGACUGCUACAAUGUCACCUGUCCGGAAAACUCGUUCUGUGAGGAUGGAGUCAAUGAAUAUGUGUGUCGCUGCAGCCCAGGAUUCUCAGGUUCAGCCCCCAAUUGUGUUCAGAUUGAUGAGUGUGCCUCCUCCCCAUGCCUCAAUGGAGCGACCUGUUAUGACGACAGCAACGCCUACACUUGUAUCUGUGGUGCAGGAUUCUCAGGGAGGAACUGUGAGGUGAACAUUGAUGACUGUGCCGGGGACCCAUGUCAGAAUGGGGGCACCUGCCAUGAUGAGGUGCAGGCCUUCACCUGUGAGUGUCCUGCUGGCUUUGAAGGCGUGAACUGUGAGGUGAACCUGGACGAGUGUGCCCUCAAUGUCUGUGUGCAUGCCACCAGUUGUGAGGACUUGGUUGGGGACUACAUUUGUCUCUGUGAGGAUGGCUGGACUGGCAAGAAUUGUGAUGUGGAGGUGGACGAGUGUGACUCCUCCCCAUGCCUCAAUGGAGCUUCGUGCAAGGACAGAGUGAACGGCUUCGACUGCACCUGUCUCCCGGGAUUCACAGGGGAGACGUGCGAGACGAACAUUGACGAGUGCGCCUCAUCGCCGUGCCUUAAUGGGGGUGUGUGUCAGGAUGGCGUCAAUGAGUACAAGUGUGAGUGUGGCCCGGCAUUCAUGGGCACCAACUGUGAGGAGCAGUACGAUGCCUGUGCCUCCAUGCCCUGCAACAACUCAGGGUCCUGCAUCACCACGCGUGGUGAACAGACCUUCUACUGCGAGUGUAUCCCAGGGUUCGAGGGCUUGUACUGCAGCAACAACAUCAACGACUGCUCUGACAUGACCUGCUCUGAUGGCAAGGUGUGCUACGACCUGGUGAACAGCUACGAGUGCCGGUGUCCCGAGGGAUUCACCGGCGAGAACUGCUCCGUUAACAUUGAUGAGUGUGAGAGCAGCCCAUGUCUGAAUGGAGGGGAGUGUUACGAUGGCAGGGCUAACUACACCUGCAUCUGCCCAUCAGGUUAUACAGGCCACAACUGUGAGGAGGACGUGGAUGAGUGUGUGUUGGAGCAGCCCUGCAUCAACGGCAUCUGUGAGAACACCAACGGCUCCUACCAGUGCUACUGCCGGCCUGGCUUCUCCGGUGACCACUGUAACCUGGAGUUUGACGAGUGCCUUUCCCACCCCUGCCGCAACAAUGGUACUUGCCUCAACCGCAUCAACGGCUAUGAGUGCGUCUGUCAGCCUGGCUUCACCGGGACGGACUGUGAUGUUGACAUUGACGAGUGUGAGAGUGGGCCGUGCCAGAACAAUGCCACUUGCCAUGACCACAUUGCAAACUUCACCUGUGAGUGUCUGCCUGGGUUCACUGACCAGCUUUGCUCCACCAAUAUUGACGAGUGUGAGUCGGACCCUUGUAUGAAUGAAGGAGUGUGCACGGAUGGCAUCAACGAAUUCACGUGUAACUGUAGCGACACCGGCUUCAAGGGUCCUCAGUGUGAGAUAAACAUAGAUGACUGUGAGUCAUCCCCUUGCCAGCACGGAUCCACCUGCUCAGACCUCAUUAAGGACUAUGAGUGUCUCUGCCAUCCGGGCUAUGAAGGCAAGAACUGUGAGGAGGACAUCCCUGAGUGUGACCUGUCCCCGUGCCUCAAUGGAGCCACCUGUUUGGAGCGCAGCAACCUCACUCUCUAUGAGCUUGGCAUCUUUACCAACUUCACAUAUGAGGAGGCGGGCGGCUUUGUGUGCGAGUGUGUGGCUGGAUUUACUGGGGAGAUGUGUGAGGUGAACAUUGACGAGUGCCAGAGUGACCCGUGCCAGAAGGGUGAGUGUGUGGACGGCAUCAAUGCGUACCUGUGUGAGUGCUGGCCGGGCUACGAGGGCGUCAACUGUGAGACGGAGAUCAACGAGUGUGAACUGUACACCCCCUGUGUCGUCGGCACCUGCAUUGACCGGAUUGCUGACUAUGAGUGUGUGUGUGAGGAAGACUAUGGUGGCAAGAACUGUUCGGUGGAGCUGAUUGGCUGUCGUAACGUGGAGUGUCUCAAUGGUGGAGUAUGCAAACCGCUCCUCUUCUACGAGAUCGAGCACAGCUUUGAGUGUCAGUGUCCCUAUGGCUUCACCGGGAUGUACUGUGAGGACCCCACCACACUCUCCCUCAGCGGCAACUCCUAUGUGGUCGUCAACUCUGAGCAGGUGGAAGCCGGCUACGACCUUGCCUUCCGCUUCCGCACCACUCUGCCCAGCGGGAUCCUUGCUGUGGGUCAGGGCGAGACUUACUACAAGCUGGAGCUGCUCGACGGACAACUCAAUGUCCACUCGUCGCUGCUCAACAAGUGGGAAGGAAUCUUCGUCGGGUCAGACCUGAACGACGGGGAGUGGCAGACGGUGCACAUGACGGUGAAUGACAGCCAUGUGUUCCUCGCUGCCAACAAUGAGACCACACUUCACCCCAUCAACCCCGUCCAGACAAUCAACAGCUCCGACACUUCCUUCUCCUCCACCAUCCUGGGAGGAACAACACCCACCCUCAGGAUCCUGUCAACUGAGGCUCCAUUCUUCACUGGCUGCAUGGAGAAUGUGGUGGUAGAUGGCAUAGAGCUGGUACCUGGCAAGGUGUCGUCACAGAGGAAGAUAAUGAUUGAGGAGGGGUGUCCGAGGGAGGAGCAGUGCAUGCCAAACCCUUGCCUCAAUGACGGGCAGUGUGUGGACCUCUGGAGCAGUUACAAGUGCAACUGUGAGCGGCCGUACCUUGGAGAGACCUGCCAGAUGAUUCUCGCAAGACACUCACUUGUUCUGCUCCUCACUGUAUGUUCAUUCCCUAGCUGUGUCUCACAUGCACUGCUGCACAAUUGGCUUCACUCCCGUCACUUUGGGAAUGAAGACACCAAGGACAGCCUGGUGACGGUCAUGAUCCCUGAGGUGGACUACAAUACUUACCGCACCCACGCUGACGUCUCCAUGUUGGUGAGGACCCGCCAAUCCAAUGGACUCAUCUUCUACCUCGGCACUCACAGCGGCCCUUCCUUCACUGGUGUGAGGGAGACGUACAUCCUGGCAGAGCUGGUGGAGGGCAUGCUGAUGGUCCGAGUGCUGCUGAGUGGGACUGAGGAAGAGGUGUUCUCCAUCGUAGAUGUGUCACUGGUGGAUGGGCAGUCACACCUCCUUCAUGUGAAGCGAAUCAAUCAAGAGCUGGAGGUCAGUGUGGAUCAGUUGCUGGUGCUGAACACAACCCUGCAGAAUAGUGGUGAACUGACUGCUCAUGUUCUGUUCCUCGGGGGUGUUCCUGAGGAUGCACCAACCAGGUUCAAGCGGCAACUGGGCGUGUCAAAUUUCACCACGUCCGUCACCCGACCACACUUCAAGGGCACUCUGCAGGACAUCAGGCUGAGCAAUGGGUCCGAGACAAGACUGGUGCAGCCGUUCCCCUUGGAGAAUGUGACGGCUGUGGUGUUGCCUGGUGAUGAGCUUGGCACCGUGGAGACUCACAAUGUCUUGGAGGGGACUGUUAGCGAUGACACCUGCUCCUUGGAACCUUGCAUCAAUGGAGGCACCUGCUCUAUCACCUGGAAUGACUUUGAAUGUGCAUGUCCCAUCGGCUACAAGGGCAAGACCUGUGAGGAUCGUGAGUACUGUGCCAUAUACCAGUGUCCAGAUGGCUCCCAGUGUGCCAAUCUGGAGGAUGGCUAUGAGUGUCUGGCUAACCUGACUUUGAGUGGCAACAAUUCCUCUGCCUCCUACACUCCAAGGUUCACCAGGCCUCCCUUCCAGUUCACCGACAUUCUGCUUGUGUACAGGAGUCAGGUGGGCGGUGUGAUGCUGCAUGCCCAUGGGAGUGGUGCCAGUUUGCAGGUGUCCCUUGUUGCUGGUGCUGUGGUGGUGCAGCAGAUGAAUGGCACCAGCACCACUGCCACCUUUGUCUCCAAUGCCACGCUGGAUGGAGACUGGCACUCCCUUCUGGUGUCUCUGGAUCCCUCUGGCCUGCAGGUGACACUGGAUGACAUAAGUCUGCUGGGCUCGGACAUAUCAGUCAUCGUGGAUUUCAAGUCCCUGGUGCUGGAUGGAGGAGAGGUGAUGAUUGGAGGCUCCCCUGUCAAUUCUGUGACACACAAUCUGCUUGACCCGUCUUUCCUGAGCUCCCCUGCUCUGUCACCACCUCCCUGCCUGGCGAUAGCACUGGGACACACAUGUUCAGAGGGUGCUUGGGACCUUCCAGGCUCCAGGGGGUCCUGCUGCCCUUCUUCUCUCCUCAGGAACUCAGCAACAACAGUGCUGAAAACCAGUUUUUCCAGAUGUGUGGCAUGUUUGCACCCUCAGGAGGAGCAACACUCUGCCAUCGGUUGCACUGUCUGCUACAACGAGGAAUGCAUCAACGGUGGCUACUGUUCCGACCCGGCCCAGGUGUACAGCUGCUCCUGCCCCGAGGGCUUUGAGGGCGACUUGUGCCAGGUCAACAUUGAUGAGUGUGUGGCCCACCAGUGCCUCAAUGGUGCCACCUGUGUGGAUGGCAUCAACCAGUACACCUGCAGCUGCCAGCCGGGAUACACAGGCCAGUGGUGUGAAGAGGACAUUGACGAAUGUGCCUCCAGCCCUUGUCAGAAUGGAGGCAUCUGUACCAAUGAGAUUGCCCGAUAUGUGUGCCAGUGUCCGCCAGAUUACAUCGGCCAGGACUGCAGUGAACUCAGAGUCAAGAACUGCUCCAGCUCAAUGUGCCUCAAUGGAGCGACUUGCAACGACGUCAUAAACCCAGUGACAGGUGUGGCAGACAACUACACCUGUGCCUGUGCCUUUGGUUACUCUGGGGUGAACUGUGAGGAGGUGGUCGACUUCUGUACUCGAGACAGGAUUGCCUGUGAACAUGGCACCUGCAGCCUCACCUUCCGAGACCAGGGAUGGGAGUGCACGUGUAAUGCAGGCUGGGAAGGAACAUUGUGCCAGCAUGACAUCGACGAGUGCCUCUCUCAGCCUUGCAAGAAUGGCGGCACCUGCAACAAUGAGCUAAACAAUUUUAGCUGCUCCUGCCUUGACGGGUGGGUGGGCACUACCUGUGAGCAGGACGUGGACGAGUGUGGAGAUAACCCGUGUCAGAACGGGGGCGAAUGUAUCAACCUGCUGGGGUCGUAUGAGUGUUACUGUCCGGAGGUGUUCUGUGGCCAGCACUGUCUCCUCAACAAUCCCUGCACUAAUCUGAGUUGUGUCCACGGGCAGUGUGAGGGAGUGUGUGACGAGGAGGGGGACAUAAUGCCCUACACUCGCUGUGAAUGUGAGGUCAACUGGACUGGGGAUCAGUGUUCUGUGGAGUAUGUACAGUUCCCGACGGACUUGGAGUUGGCCAUCAUCGUGGGGUGUGUGGUGGGCCUCAUGCUCAUCAUAGCUGUGGUGGGGCUUACUGUGUUCCUCAUGAUGGCAAAGAAGAAGAGGCAAACCAGGGGUACAUAUUCACCCAGUAGACAAGAGUUCUACAGUCCCCGAGUAGAGAUGGGCAACAUGAUGAAGCCUCCACCUGAAGAGCGCCUUAUCUGAGCUGGUCGUGGGAGAGGAGAGACGUAGUGAAAACAUUUAGUCCACUGCUAUAGGGACUUGCUCAUUAGCUUGUAAGUCCACGUGUGGCAUUGUGAGCCACAGCGUGAGUGGGAGAACUUGCCUGUGUGUCACCCGAGUCUUUGAGUCACUGAGUGGCGGUUAUCACUGAAACAGAGACUUAAAGUGACGCAAGAAGUGACACAAGUGAGUGAAGGAAAAAAACUCACUUUAUACAUCUGAGAAUAUUUCCAAGAACUGUACUUGGCUCAGAGCUUUGCUGCAGAUGGGGAGUGUAAUUUGCCGGCAUUCCUGCACCAAAUGGUUCUUUUAAGCAUAUACGUAGUAGUUAUUUUCACCUCAGGCAAAAGCUAAUGUGGGAAAAUCAAACUAAGGUGACAUGCAAAUACUGCCUUCUGUUCUGUCCUCCACUGGUGAACAAGGGAAUUGAGAGGAGAAAUAAGGCCAGAGUCUUCCAUUGUGGUAUUUUAGUGUCCAUCUCGACAAAGCAUUUCCCAAACCGUCCUGAGCUGGGCUGGUUGGAGGAGGCAGAGAAGGAAGCAGAGAAGCCCAACACCUCACAUGAUGUUAGUGAGAUAAAAAGCUGUUGUUGCUGCUUGACCAGUCUUCAAAACCAGAUUGCCAAGUUUGUAUUUUUGCAUGAUUCCCAAAGUGUGAAGGCACUGAUCUCUAUCUAUGCUGUGUUGUGCUUUGAACCCUUUUGUUGCCCUGUACUAACAUUGCUUGGUAGUGACUUCCACUACGUGCUUCUGCAGGUGGCCCCCUUGAAAUGUCCUUGGCUCUACUUAAUUCUGGUGCCAAGUUCAGUACAUUUGUGUGUUUUUAUAUUGUUAUGCCUAAAUUGAUGGCAUUACUUAAACUCCUUAAGUAUUAUAGCAUAAAGUUAAUGGUGCACAAUGACGUGUGGUCGUAAUGACGGAAAACUAACACCAAUUUUUAAUGAGCAAUGUGUCAGGUUUGUGAUCUCAGAUGAAAAAGCUUUGUCAGCACAGUCAGCAUAGAGGAGGAAUGAAUAGGAGAGAUAGAUGCUAGAUAUAUUGAGUAGUUACUGGAGAAAUGGAGAUAUAAAGGAGGAGGGUAAUGGAUCUCAAGUUCCACCUCUAACAUGUCCAUGAAAUUAGCUAUGCAAGAAAGUAAUCCAGACCUGAGGUGUUGUGUGAGGUGGAGAUGUGAGGAGAGGAGUGGAGGAACACUUGGAGGUGGCAAGUGUAUCAGGGAAGCAAGAGGGUUUCUAAUUAUAUAAACAGAAUAUAUCUUUGUUCAGUUAUGUCCUCUGUGUAAUAUUCUGAACUUAGUGGAUGAAAGGUGUGUGAGAGUGUGUAGCAAUAUUGUAAAUAUCCUAAGUUAGCCAAAUGUGAAUAGGACAUUAUUUGUAUGAAUGAGUGCAUAAUUGUUAAUGAUAGUUUUUUCUUGUUUGUGAAAAUGUGUUCACAGUUAUUUAAUCUUUUAUAUGUAUAUUUAUGAACAUUGUGACUUGUUGUCACACAAGGCAGAUCAGAAACAUGUGAUUACCUGGUAGCUGUGCUGUGUGUUGCCACAAGUCUGUCACAAGCUAUGGAAUGUACCAACACUGUGUGUACUGCAGUAGCAGGCGGGAUGAAGGGCAAGGGAAGAAAAUCUUGUAUAACAGAUGGAUAAUGAGUACAGUGAAAAAUCUUUGGACAGAAAGGAAAAUUAUGACUAUAUAGUGCAUUUUCUACCAAGAAGAGAAAGCGUGAGAAUGUUCACAGCUCACGAGACCACCUUAGAAAUGCUGCUGAAAAUACCAUCCAUAACAUUUGUGUAACCACCAAUUGCACAAGGAUAAGUGAAUAUUUCAUUUCGAGAAGAAUUACAUCAUGAAAGAUAUGAAUCAAGAUGAGAAUGUAAUGCAUAAUAGCUUGCCAGAUUGGGACCAAGGAACUGAGGUGAUAAGUUAGAACUUAGUGGCAUGAGGAGGAGGCAGUGUGCUUGUGCCCGCCAAGCUCAGGACCCUCAAGGUAGACAUUCCAGGAAUCCGUCUGUCUCUGUCAGUCCAUCCAUGUAUGUACUUAAUAGCUUGUUGUUGUUGAUGUACAUGAAUGAAUCUUAGCUAUGGAAUGAGGUGAAGAUGCAUUCAUACACACAUACAUACACAUGGCCUACACAAACAUUCCUGUAUACUGUGAUGGGAAAAAAACACAUAUAUACACUUAUCUCACCUUAAAACAGUAUAGAGUAUUUAUUUUACGUUAUGAUUACAGGUGAAUGUUGCUUUCUUAAUGAUUUUAUAUUCCUUGAAAGUUGAGACAGACAGGAGAAGUGAGGUAGUGGUCUGUCUCAUACCAGAUCAUUCCAGCCGUGUUCUAUUGUGUAUAGUUAAAUUGUUAAAUGUCAUGAAAUGUUUGUAUGUCUUUUGUGACAUUAACACACACACACACACACACACACACACACACACACACACACACACACACACACACACACACACACACACACACACAAUGCCAUUUCUGCCUUUUUCCCUCAAAUAACAAAGACCUUUUUAAUACCAAGUAACUCCCUCUGUGAUAUAUAAUUCCUUCCUCCCAAGUACUACUUAUUACACAUUACAGUGCCUUUUUGUACUUAACAGUCACCUCGGUUUGAAAUUAUGGAAAAAAGGACGUGUAAGAUUUUUGUAUCCGGAAUAAUGGGCCGACAUUUUUAAGAUGCGACAUUGUAUGUGUAUAUUUUUGACCAUGGAAAAGUGAAGCCUAUUCGUAGCUUGAAAUAAAGAAUGAAAAUUGGU